CAGCGGCAGCCACACUAAUUUGGCUUGCCUCUCGUUUCCACUUCCGUUUUCUUUUCUUUUCGUGUUUCUACGCCAGCAAGAUGAAAAUUGGCUUGUGCGCAUUCAGCGGGUACAAAAUCUACCCCGGUCAUGGCAAGACCAUGGUUAAGGUCGAUGGCAAGUCCUUCACCUUCCUGGACAAGAAGUGCGAGCGCUCUUACCUGAUGAAGCGCAAUCCGCGCAAAGUUACGUGGACGGUGCUGUACCGUCGCAAGCACCGCAAGGGAAUCGAGGAGGAGGCUUCCAAGAAGCGCACCCGCCGCACCCAGAAGUUCCAGCGCGCCAUCGUCGGUGCCUCGCUGGCCGAGAUCCUGGCCAAGCGCAACAUGAAGCCGGAGGUGCGCAAGGCGCAGCGCGACCAGGCCAUCAAGGUGGCCAAGGAGCAGAAGCGUGCCGUCAAGGCCGCCAAGAAGGCUGCUGCCCCCGCUCCUGCCAAGAAGUCUGCACCCAAGCAGAAGGCCGCCAAGGUCACACAAAAGGCUGCCCCACGCGUCGGAGGCAAGCGGUAAACACCUGUCGCCCGGUAGUGAUGUGCUAAAGUUAAUCCAGGAUUUAAGGAACCACAAGUGAAAUGAAAAUUAAACCAACACUGCGAAUGCAAAUUCGUGGUGACCAAAAAAAUCUUUCGCGUGUUUUUGUUCUUUAAAGUGAAACCUCCACAGAAAAAAUGUGUAUGCGCUAUGAUUCAUUAGCUUGGAUGAAACAUCAGCAUAUUUACAUCUAUUUGUUUAUCUAAACCGAAUUAUAUUUGUAAGCCAUGGGAUCUACGACCGGGCAUUUAUUUAAUCUCGCUAUCUUGAACAAUGUAUUUUCAUCCACAUUUAGAUUUCUUUUGUGCUAGGAAUGGAUUCCGAACUUAAAUGGAUGAUUAUUAUAAAUACUAGAAUGUGUACUUCAAAUAUUUUUAUUUUUAUAAAAAUAUUGUUCUUAAAGUAAAAAGAAGGAUACAAGUCAAGUAA